ACAGGGACAGGAGCACGCACCAUGAUUUCAUAUAUCCAGCUGAUCUGGCCUCUGGCAUUCUGCGUCGCAGGUAUCAGUGGGGACAUCACCAUGACCCAGUCUCCCCCGGUGCUGUCAGUGGGACUGGGCCAGACCGCAACUCUCACCUGUACGGCCAGUCAGAGUGCCACUACGGAUGUUGAAUGGUUCCAGCAGCAAGAAGGACAGAAACCCUCUCUCCUGAUCUACAAUGCAGUAGCACGAUUCACCGGGAGAGAAGUGUCCAGCACACACUUUACCCUGACAAUCAGCAACGUUCAGAAAGAGGAUGUCGCUGACUAUUACUGUCAGCAAAGUAGGGCCUACCCUUGGCACAGUGAUAGAGAGCUGUACAAAAACCCCAAUACAGACAGCAACACCCCCUGCACUGACACAUAUCAAAAAAUAAAGUUCACAAAUCUCCUUGACCCAGCUGGAUACAACCCAGAGAGAGAGAGGGGGAGACAGAGUGCGAGAGAGAAAACAGAAAGAGAGAAACUGAGAGUGAAAGACAUGAAUGAAAAAGAGAAACAGAGAGGCAGGGAGAGGAUAAGAAUGAGUGAGUUGCAGAGAGAGACAGGGACAGUGGGUGUGAGUGACGGAGGGAAGCAGAGAGCAGAGGUUUAUGUACAGCCUCUGCACUGGGAGCUCUCACUGUGGUUUAUGUUCGGUAAAGGAACCAAGCUCAGACUGAGCUGUGACAGGUCUCAGCCCAAGCUGACCCUGCUGCCCCCCUCUCCGGAGCAGGUCCAGACCAAGGGCACUGCCACUCUCGUAUGCCUUGCCAAUCACUUCUAUCCUGAUGAGCUGGUAGUGCAGUGGAAGAAGGACGGUGCAGUCAUUUCAGACGGGGUUCAGACCAGCACCUACAGUGUCAGCAGCCUGCUGACCCUCUCUGGCUCUGACUGGGAGUCCAAUGCUCGCUUCUCCUGUGCCCUCACCCAUGUCACCCUCUCCUCUCCCCUCAGCAAGAGCAUCAGGAGAUCAGAGUGUGUGUAGUUGUUUGAGACAGUCCACAGAGGAGACACAACUUUAAACAGAACGGGGCUGAGCUGGCAGGGCAAAGGUCAUUGUCAGCACGGAACUUCAACUCGCUUCCUUCUUGGGUCUGGCUUGGAGACACAUCUGAGGUUCAGGCCUUAAGAUAGGUCAUUGGGACAGUGUAGAAAGAGCUUUACUCUGUUGCUCACCCCAUGCUGUCUCUGUCCUGGAAUUGUUUGAUGGGGAUAGUGUUGACUUGAGAUAACAAACAAAUGCUCUCGAAGUUGCUAAAGACUGUCAGUUUUACAAAAACAAUGUGAACCUCACAAGUCUCUGCUACAGUAAACCAGACCUCCUUCCUGCUCAGCCGCCAGUUCCAAUUUAAGGCUUUGUCACUGUUUAAAUGGACAGGAUUCUCAUAUUAUUGAGAAAAUCUUCACAAGUAUUUUCCUCAAGCUCCAUUGUGGUUGUGAAUUUGUGCAGCUUCCUCUGUCUGGGCUGUUAAUUACAAUGUUUUUUUUUCCUGUCUAAGUCAAUCUGGGAAAGGGAAUAAACAUGAAGAAGAUUCAGUCUC